GACUCUUUUGCUGCCUCUUGCUGGAGGUUUUGGUCGGAGUUUUCACCCUCCCCGCCCCCCUUCAUCCGUCACGAUGUUGUGGUUUGUUUUAUUCCUGCCUGCGCUUUGCUCGACCCAGCGUUCAGAGCCGAUGUUCUCAGCCGUAACCAAGGCUAUGCUUCCUCCCGACUACGACAACAACCCAACCCAGCUCAACUACGGUGUGGCCGUCACCGACGUGGACGGCGACGGAGACCUGGAGGUGUUUGUUGCAGGUUACAAUGGUCCUAACGUGGUGCUGAAGUACGACAAGGAGAGAAGAAGACUUGUCAACAUCGCCGUGGACAAUCGCAGCUCCCCGUUCUACGCCCUGAGAGACCGCCAAGGCAACGCUAUCGGGGUAACAGCGUGUGACAUUGACGGAGACGGCCGGGAGGAGAUUUAUGUACUCAACACCAAUAACGCCUUUUCUGGACGUGCGACAUAUACAGACAAACUCUUCAAGUUCCGAAAUGGACGAUUCGAGGAUCUGCUGAAUGAUGACAUUAACGAACAUAGGGAUGUGGCCAACCGUAUGGCCGGACGCUCAGUGGCCUGUGUGGACAGAAAGGGCACAGGCCGUUAUGCCAUCUACAUAGCAAACUAUGCCAGCGGCACCGUGGGUCCACAUGCGCUUAUAGAGAUGGACGAGGCGGCGAGUGACCUUUCGCAAGGCGUCAUCGCACUGUCCAACGUGGCUGAACAAGCGGGAGUCAACAAGUUCACUGGUGGCCGAGGUGUGGUCGUGGGGCCCAUCGUGAGCCAGAGCUACUCUGAUGUGUUUUGUGACAACGAGUAUGGACCCAACUUCCUGUUCCGAAACAACGGCGAUGGAACUUUUACUGACGUGGCGCAGCAGUCUGGGGUGGAGGACCCCAUGCAGCACGGCAGAGGCGUAGCCCUUGCAGACUUCAACCGUGACGGGAAGACGGACAUCGUUUACGGCAACUGGAACGGACCUCAUCGUCUUUACAUGCAACUUAACAACCGCAAGCAGAGGUUCAAGGACAUAGCCUCGCAGAAGUUUUCCAUGCCAUCCCCAGUCCGCACCGUUAUUGCAGCUGAUUUUGACAAUGACAACGAGUUGGAGGUCUUCUUCAAUAACAUUGCCUACAGGGGGCCCUCGGCCAACAGACUGUUUAGGGUGAGCAGGAGAGAGCAUGGAGACCCCCAGAUAGAGGAAUUGAAUGUUGGCGAGGCUUCCGAGCCAGAAGGACGAGGAACUGGAGCUGCAGCCACAGACUUUGAUGGAGAUGGCCGUCUGGAGUUGCUGGUGUCUCAUGGUGAAAGUGCAGCGCAACCGCUUUCUAUCUACAAAGUCAACCUGGGAACCACAAACUCAUGGCUGCGUGUGAUUCCCCGGACCAAGUUUGGCGCUUUUGCCAGAGGAGCUAAAGUGGUGGUGUACACAAAGAGGAGCGGACCGCACACACGCAUCAUCGAUGGAGGGUCGGGGUACCUCUGCGAGAUGGAGCCUGUCGCACACUUCGGCCUAGGUAAGGACAUGGCCACAAAUGUGGAAGUGUACUGGCCAGAUGGCAUCUCAGUUGCUCGACCCUUGGAACCGUCAGAGAUCAAUUCUGUGCUGGAGAUCCACUAUCCGAGAGACGAUGAUGAGGUCACCCCCACUGUGGAAAUAGAGUGUGGUCCUGGCUUUGCUCUAAAUGAAAAUGGACGCUGCAUUGAUAAAGAUGAGUGUACCCAAUUCCCGUCUGUGUGUCCCUCUGACCGUCCCGUUUGCACCAACACUUAUGGCAGCUUUAAAUGCCGUAUCAAGAGAAGAUGCAACCAGGGCUUUGAGCCCAGUGAUGAUGGGACUGCAUGUGUGGCCCAGGUGGCUUACUUUGGGAAGACCCGGUCGUCUGCGGAACCCACAUGGUCGGCCAUUUCUCUCUGGCUAUCACCCAUCGGUGUACUUCCUCUCAUCUCGACCCAUCUCCAGAGUGGACUACUGUAGGUGCCUCCU